CGGGCCGCUGCAGACUCCGCCCCACGCGUCACUUCCUCCGCGGCCACCGGCCGGGCUGCAACCCCGGCUGCAGGCCAUGGUGGCUCUGGACGACCCUGACGGCGGCCCGGAGGCGACCCCCGGCGCGGAAGCCAGGCUGCCCCUUCCAGGCUGCCUGCCCACGCUCGGUGGUUCACAGGUGAAGAGGGUCUCAGCUUCCAGGCGCAAGCAACAUUUUAUCAACCAAGCUGUACGGAAUUCGGACCUGGUGCCCAAAGCCAAGGGACGGAAGAGUCUGCAGCGUUUGGAGAACACCCGGUACCUCCUAACACUGCUGGAGACAGCUGGGGGUCCUCCAGGCCUGGAAGAUGGGGACCUGACUCCUCCUGCAGCACCUGGCAUCUUUGCAGAGGCUUGCAGUAAUGCCACCUAUGUGGAGGUCUGGAAUGAUUUUAUGAACCGCUCUGGAGAGGAGCAAGAACGAGUGCUCCGCUACCUGGAGGAUGAGGGCCAGGGCAAGCGAAGGCCAGGGCGUGGGCCUGGCCGAGGGGAGGACAGGCGGAGAGAGGACCCAGCUUUUACACCUCAUGAGUGCUUCAGGCGUAUCAGCCGUCGCCUGCGGUCCGUGCUCAAGCGCAGCCGCAUCCCGAUGGAAACCCUGGAGAGUUGGGAGGAGCGUCUGCUGGCGUUCUUCUCCGUGUCUCCCCAGGCUGUGUACACCGCCAUGCUGGACAACAGCUUUGAGAGGCUGCUGCUUCACGCCGUCUGCCAGUACAUGGAUCUCAUUUCAGCCAGUGCUGACCUGGAGGGCCGGAGGCAGAUGAAGGUCAGCAACCGUCACCUGGACUUCCUGCCUCCAGAGCUACUAUUGUCUGCCUACCUGGAUCAGCAAUGAUGGUGGAGCCCCUACCUGCUGACUCGCCCUGCCGAGACCUCCAAUGUCUGCUAAUUUCUUGCAUACUUUCAGAAUCAGAACACCCCCACUUCUCUUCGGGAGUCCCCCUUGCCCCUACCCCUUCAUGGCCCAGCUUGCACAGGGCAGCCUCGUAGCCCCCUGCUCUGGUACUUGUGUUUGGGUGGGGAGACCUGAGCUACGCUUUUUCAUGCUUAUUCUCUGUUUAGCUUUUCUUUGGCUGAAGUCUGAAGCUCAGGCAAAGUGACCAGACUCUUUUACCCCUGCACUCCACCCCCCCAUCAGUUUUGGCAUGUUUGGGAUAGGUUUGCUUUAAUUUCUCCUCUGAAGCGUUGAGGCACAACUAAAACACCUAGUGCCAGCUGGUAGUGGGUUCUGUUGUGACCCCUGCCUGACCCCUCCAGGUUUCAGCUCUGAUGGAGGUGUCUGGUCCUCUCUAGGACUCAGCUGAUCUCCCCAGGGCACUUUGUCGUGUGUGUGUGUGUGUGUGUGUGUGUGUGUGUGUGUGUACAUGCCAUGGGCCUGGUGAACCUGGACAAGCUUCAUCUCAAGGGCUGAUUUUAUGCUUUUUUGUGAUGUGUGUUUCGUGUCCCCGACUCCCUGGGCUCUGCCUGCCCUUCAGAUCCUCCUCCUGUUAACACUUAUACCUGGGUCCAGGACUUCCAGCCAGAAGCCUCUGACCUUGUGUGUUGUCCUCCUCCCUGUCCCCUCUGCCACCCAGCAUAGCUGUGGUCACUGCAGAGGCUCCAUGGGCCCGCCUCCUCCCCUUUUGUGUGGUUCUUUGUGCUUGGGGGAAAGGGACACUUUUAAUAAAGCCUUGGUGCUCAG